AUGCAGUCACCGUUAAGCUCUUCAGGCACAUUGCUGGAAAGAGAGAAUAAUAGAAGAUCCAAUCAGGCAAGGAGGGUCCACUGUAAGAGAUCAUCAGCAUGGGCUGAUCUUCCGGAGGAACUUCUUGAGAUUAUUUCUAGAAGUCUGAAUAUAGUAGACUAUCAAAACCUUGGUCGAGUUUGCAGAAGCUGGAGAUUGUUUUAUUCAGAAUUUAAGCAGAGUUUUCUGACAUCUCAUUCACCACUUAUUGUUUAUGCAUCAACACGAGCCAAGAAGUAUUGUUAUUUCUUUGACAUAGCUACUCGAAUGAAAUACAAGACUAAGCUGCCUCGACAUAUUUGCAACUUCAAAUUCUGUCUUGGUGUUUCAAGUGGAUACUUAAUCAUGCUCUGUCUCAAGACAAACGAUGUUUCAAGGGAUUAUUUAUGGGUUAUAAAUCCUUUUACAGGACAUCAAAUCCAAUUCCCUUGCAUGCCCUGGCCUCAUUGUAUUGAGGAUUAUCAUGACUCUUGCUUCUCCCGAAGCAUCUUUGCUUCCUUCUUUGCUUCCUUUGGGUCACAGGGUCAAGAUUUUCUUAUUAUGAUUCUUUCUAAGUAUGUCAAAGUCUUGCAGUUCUGUAUAUCUAGAGAUAACAAGUGGAAACAAUACCAUUAUUAUAACAAGGGUGGGCAUAUAUUGGAUAUAGUUGUUUUUGAUGGUCGGAUAUAUGUUAUAAACAGUGAUUCUAGGAUUGGGAUAUUUAACCUGAGAUAUUGUGAUUUGAGGUUUUUGGAACUGAAUUUUGCACCUCGUUUCGGCAGUCAUUUUGAUAAGUCGAUUAGGUUGGUGGCUUCAAAUGGUCAGCUGUUUGUAGUUGAUUCUCCUAAAGUUUACAGAAUAGACUUGUCAAGGAAGGAAUGGGUGAAGGUGUAUAAUUUAGGUGAUCAAGCUUUGUUUCUUGGCCAUGGUGACAUGAUGUGUUCCAAGGUAAUUAACCCAUCAAAGUGGGGAGGACAAAGCAACUGCAUAUAUGAUUUAUUCCCGUUUAACAAAAAGGAGCCAUGGAAAACUAUUACCAGAUAUAAUUUAUUCCCGUUUAACCACCAGGAGCCACGGGAAACUAUUAUUGUUGAUUUCCCACAGAAAGGGGAAGGGAAAGGUUAUGCUUCGACCAAAAUAUGUUCUUGGUAUUUUCUACCCGUGUCAAGCAGUAUUGAGAAUGUAAGGGAUGAGUAG